AGAUGCCUUGAAUGUUUCCGUCAUGAUGGCUAUGCGCAGGCGAUACAAUCAAAUGUAGGCGCUUCUCCUGGGAAUCAUUUGAGUGAGUGAUACUGUACCCGCUUCCGCUUUACGUCCUUUAUAUAGAAAUCCUAUUGAAUCCAUGCGGAUAUCAGCCCGCCCUUUCUCACUAUAUACAAUGCCUGAACAACACGCCCAUGUCCUUUAUACAAAGCUGCUUCUCUCUCGAGGUCACGGUUACCCCCUACGGAUCCCAGAGCCAGAUUAUAGUCUCUGCUCAGCAUACGUCGAGAGAGGUAUCUGCGUUGGUGACGUUGGGAUUAUCAGAGAUGAUGGAGGAUUCGACUUUAUUUUCAACGCCUUCCUCGAAGCCGACGAUCCUGUUCAUGAAGGCGGCGUCCCUCCCAAUUUUGCUCCCCUACGCAUGGAGUCUCGUAAUCCUGUCCGCACUAUAUAUUGUCAACAUCCAAGAGGCUCAUCUGUGAGAAGUUCUCAUGUCUCUGUCACCUCAGUGGUUCUGGAAGCGUCAGCCGAAGUACCUUCAGUCGCAGGUGGGGGGGUCGGAUUCGAAUUCACGACGUCCAAGGAUCAAGCAGCAGUCCUGAUGCUCCCACAAGGCGGUACACGAUUUGAUGGUAAAAAUUUAUCGUUGAUGAGGAACUACGCCCUUGCACAUGCACACGAGUGGUAUGAAUACGUCAAUAGCCCGGACUAUCUUGGUCGGGAGGCGCCAAACGGUUCUCUUUACUUUGUCACCGGAUGCGACAAGGCAACAGCAUGGGGAUCUGCCGCGAUGUCCCGGCCUUCAGAUACUCGCCAAUUUUCCAUAAAGUUCCUUGUGGGAGGUCUUGCAGAAGGUCGGGUAGCAUUGCGGUCGUCUUGGAGUACCCAGGAAUGGGCCGACACUCGGAUUUACCCCGAUCAAGAUAUCGACAUGAAUGCACCUCUUCCCGUCAGGGAGAAUCAAGGCAUAUUCAUUCGUGGAUUCACCAUCUCUGUGAGAGAGAAGAGUAGGAUAGCCAAGAUCUUACCAGGAUUUGGGCGGCGCGAUGUGCAGCUUGUAGGGACGUCGGAUAUGUCUGGAAGCCUACCUGUUGCUGGGUCCAAGGCACCCUACUCCGAUCACAGACAUGAUUCGCCGCCAGUAUCGGUGCCGGUAUGGGCAGCUAACGGGGAUACGAUUCGCGGGUCUAUUGUAGGAAACGAACUAGUGAGAAUGAUUCCAUCAACCGUGUUUGCUAAUAAUUCGGAUUCAAUUAUCUUCAGAAGCGAUUACUGAUGAGUAUCAUUGAUGCCCACAUGAGAAGUGUUGGUGAACCAUGUUGGCGGCAAUCUGUCUUUAUGAAUAUUCCACUAGCGAGACAAUCGAGCGACGAUGAACUAGACUAUGUCGUUUUACAAUACUUCCCUGAAAGAUCCACUGAGUUACUCAAUCCAUCGGUCAAAUUCAACGAAUACAUCCUUUCUAAGGUUCCCGAAAGCGAUGUUAUUGUCACGC